AUGCCAGUCAAGGGAAGCAAUAUCAGAUUACUCAAAAGAGACCCAACGUCAGAUAGUCAACUAGACUCAUUCGAGCUGCGGCCAAGGAGAACUGCUUCAUCCAGUGUUUUACAAGAAAUCGCCAUUUUACCGUCACCCAUGUUUGUGGAAGCAAAGCGCAAAACUGUGCCUCUUGAAAACUUCUCAAGUGAGCCGAUUCGGAAGUCAGCGGCCACUCAGCGGACUCUCGCUGCUUACCAUUCUUCAGACGUGGAAACGCUGCGAGAGAAGCUCCGUCAAAAAACGCCUCCAGUUCAAGUGCCUCAACUUGCCAAUAACAGAACAGAAACAGGAAGUCCAAAAACGCCCAAAAAUCGGCUAAGAAUCUUCACCGUCGAAUCGCCAAACAUGCGCCCUAGAACUCAACUAUUCCGAACUGGCUCGGUUUACCAAGGCUCGCAUCGGCCACGCACAACUUUACCGAUCCGGCGCUCGUUAUCGGAGAAUUCAUUUGCUUUCGCAAAACAGAGCCCGAUCAGAAGGGUCGAAGAAAAAAUGAGUCUGCGUGUACUUGGAACGACGAAGUCUUUUCACCAAAAGCCCUGA